AUGGUACAAAGUUACAUCGAAGCUGUUCUCUACUCAAUUUUCUCUCUCAUCUUCUUGAUUCUCUCUCUCAAGUUCUUGAAACCAAACAAGCGGAAUCUUCCGCCGUCUCCACCGGGAUGGUUGCCGGUGAUAGGCCACCUUCGCCUCUUGAAGCCGCCCAUCCACCGCACCCUCCGCUCCCUCUCCGAGUCUCUCGACACCGGCGUGAUGUCCCUCCGGCUUGGAUCCCGCCUAGUCUACGUGGUGUCGUCACACAAGAUCGCGGCUGAGGAGUGCUUCGGUAAGAACGACAUAGUUUUAGCUAACCGGCCUCAGGUGAUCAUUGGAAAACACGUCGGGUAUGGCAAUACAAACAUGAUCGCCGCACCUUAUGGGGAUCACUGGCGCAACCUCCGUCGCCUUUGCACCAUCGAAAUCUUCUCCACCCAACGGCUUAACUGCUUUCUUUCUGUCCGUACCGAUGAAGUACGCCGCCUCAUAAGCCGCCUUUUCCGUCUCGCAGGAACUGAAAAAACCGUUGUGGAAAUUAAACCAAUGCUCAUGGACUUAACCUUCAACAACAUAAUGAGAAUGAUGACAGGAAAACGAUACUACGGCGAAGAAACAACGGACGAGGAAGAAGCAAAACGUGUCCGUAAGUUAGUGGCUGAUGUUGGAGCCAACACGAGCUCAGGAAACGCCGUUGACUAUGUUCCGAUCUUGAGACUGUUCUCAAGUUAUGAGAAGAGGGUUAAAGAGUUAGGGAAGAAGACAGAUAAGUUCUUACAAAGUCUUAUAGACGAUAAACGUGAACAGCAAGAAACCGGCAAUACAAUGAUCGAUCAUUUGCUUCUUCUAAAAAAAUCGGAUACUGAGUAUUACACAGAUCAAAUCAUCAAAGGCAUCAUACUGAUAAUGGUAGUAGCAGGGACUAACACAUCAGCUGUGACUCUAGAAUGGGCACUUGCUAAUUUACUUAACCAUCCAGACAUUAUACGAAAAGCAAGAACUGAAAUCGAUAACCGGAUUGGUUUAGACCGGUUUAUAGAAGAAUCAGAUCUCAGCGAGCUACCAUAUCUAAAGAACAUCGUUCUAGAGGCCCUCCGGCUACACCGGCAACACCAUUGCUAG